CUGUUUUUCUUUUCCUAACAGGUGAAGUACUUCUUUUGGAGUCUCUGCUGAAGCAAUCCUGUUGCAAUCAUGGAUGGUGAUGAUGACUUGGAGCUGUUGGCUUCCCUAUUAGAAGAGAAUGAGGCAGCUGAGGAUAGGAAUACUCCUGAAGAGACCACUGCUCACUCAGAUGACACUGGAGAACCGGAUGAGUAUGAUGAGCUGUUUGAUGCAGAGGAUGAUGAAUCCUACACCGAGGAGGUUGAUGCUGAGCAGAGUGAAGUCAGUGAGGAGAAGGAAGAUGCAGCUGCAUUGUUUGGAGAUGUGGGUGACCUGACAGAGGAGGAGGAGGAGGAGGAAGAAACUGUACAGGAAAUACCCUGUUCACCAGCUCUCAAUCAGGAGGAGAAAAAUAAUCAAGAUUUGCAAGAUGAGCUGAGGAAAUUACAAGAGCAGAUGAAGAAGUUACAGGAGCAGUUACAAAUGACUGCAAUUGGGCAGUCAUCCAGCUCGGGCCCUCAGAAGAAAACCCUUGGUAAAUCAUCUUGUGUUCCCUUAAAGGAAAGGAAAAUUCCAAAACUCCAGGAAUCACCAUGUUUCUCUGCUCAGCUCAACAGCCCUGCUUUAUCAACAACCAAACGGGCACCCCAGAAACCAAAACUUUCACCAUCAGAAAAUAAGAGCCCUCCUCCAACACCAGUAUCAAGUUUGCCACUUCAACCUCUCAGGUCUACCCCUGGGAACAGGCCCAAGGUGGCCACCAGAGACUGGACUCCUCAAGUGCAAGGAGGUUCCAGUGUGACUGAUCAGCCUGCCUCUGUGGAAACCUUCUCUGGACUCCGAUUAAGAAAACCCCGUGUGUCAUCAGUGGAAAUGGACAGGAAAAUGGCUGGACGGAAACUGGUUAGAUUAUCUCAGCUGCAAAGCAAACUGGCUGGGGGGAGUCUGGAGGAAACAGACUGGGUAACAUUUGGAGUCAUAAUAAAGAAAAUCACUCCUCAGAGCUCAAAUAACGGCAAAACUUUCAGUAUCUGGCGGCUAAACGACCUGCGUGAUCUGAACAGCUGUGUUUCGUUGUUUCUAUUUGGUGAUGUCCACAAAGAACACUGGAAGACAGACCAAGGCAUGGUCAUUGGACUGCUCAAUGCUAAUCCCAUGAAACCUAAAGAUGGCUCGGAUGAGAUAUGUGUAUCUGUUGAUCACUCCCAGAAGAUCUUACUUUUGGGUGAAGCUCUGGAUCUGGGAACCUGCAAAGCUAAGAAGAAGAACGGUGACCCAUGUACACAGAUUGUUAACCUGAAUGACUGCGAAUAUUGCCAGUACCACGUGCAAUCCCAGUACAAGAAGCUCAGCUCAAAGCGGGCAGAUUUACAGUCCACCUUCUCCAGUGGCCGUGCUCCAAAGCGGAGAGCUCGCAAAAACCCCAGCUUGAAGGAGAGGCUGUGUCAGGAUGGGUUUUACUAUGGAGGCGUUUCUUCAGCAGCCUAUGCAGCCUCAGUUGCAGCAGCUGCAGCCCCAAAGAAGAAGAUACAAACCACUCUCAAGAAUCUGGUGGUAAAAGGAACAGACGCAAUUGUGCAGGAAACUAGAGAGAAAAUGGGUAUGGCAAAGAGAACCAGGCCGUGUUCUGAUGAGUUCAAAGAAUUGUUGGCAAUGCCAACAUUUGGAGCACGAAACCUCUGCAAACACUUGGCCAAAGCAGAUGCAGCAGGUGCUGGAGGGAAGCAAGGACCUGCUUUCCAGUCCAUCUCUGCUUCGGCACUGCUCAAACAACAGAAGCAGCAAAUGUUGGAGGCCAGAAAAAAACGAUCAGAAGAUAUACAGAGGCGGUUUCUUCAGAGUACAACUAAAGCCAAUAGCUCAGCACUACCAUCCUUCUCAGGACUCCGCUCUCCAACCCCAGGGACUGAAUUUCCCAAAGCUGCAACCCCUCAAACACCCAGGCUGGGGAUGGGCUUCUCUGAGGAUGAAGACGUCCUCUUCUUUGAUGUAUCUCCCCCUCCACCACCGAAAUUGAAUGGCUUAGCUGAAGCUAAAAAGUUGGCUGCUAUACACAAAUUGCGAGCAAAAGGCCAAAUUCUCAAUAAAACCAACCCAAACAGUGUUAAACGGAAACGAACUGAUCUUGUGGAUGUUCUGGAGAUCACAGAGAGAGUUGAGAAAAACACCACCUCGUCACAAGCUGCAGAUGAACUAGAACCUGCCCAAAAGAAACAACGAGAACAGCUGGCAUAUCUGGAGUCUGAAGAGUUCCAGAAAAUCCUGAAUGCCAAGUCCAGGCACGUGGGUGCCCUUAAGGAGGCUGAGGCUGAGCAGCAGGAACUCUACUUUGAACCUCUGGUGAAAAAAGAGCAACUGGAAGAGCAGAUGAAGAACAUUAAAGAAUUGAAAUGUCGGGUUGUGACGUGUAAAACGUGUAAAUACACCUAUUUCAAGCUCUUAGAGACAUGUGUGAAGGAGAAUCAUGACUAUCACUGGCAUGAUGGUGUCAAGCGAUUCUUCAAGUGUCCUUGUGGAAACAGAGCCUUAUCUCUUGACAGACUACCAAAAAAGCCCUGCAGUAUCUGUGGCCUCUUCAAAUGGGAACGUGAUGGAAUGCUCAAGGAGAAGAAAGGUCCGAAGAUUGGUGGAGAAACACUUUUGCCAAGAGGAGAAGAGCAACCCAAAUUUCUUAAUAGCCUGAAGUGAUCCACAGUGAUUUUUACAACAAACCCCUCAUUUUUUUGUCUCCGAAUGAAUCACUUGUUUCUCAGAAAGCAAUUGGAUGCUGGGUUUCACAACAAACAAGCAGGGAAUCGAUUUCUUGGGACGAGGUCCUCCCAUAAUCUUUCCUCCAAUGUAUGGAUUGGAAUGUCCAGCUUUGAACUUCUUAAUUGAUUGAAGAAACCUCAUGUGAAUUUCUUGUUCAUGCCCAUUCAUUCUUAGGAACUUGCUGUUGACAGUAUUUAAUUUAGGGAAGAGACUCCUAGUAUCAUGGAAUCUGAACCCAGAAGUGGUUUCUUCUGGAUCUUGAAGCAUCUAUAGAACACUUCAUUGGAACAACUCCACUAGACUUAUAAGAUAUACUCAUCUUGGAGGGAUCUAUGAAACAGUAGCAUGUCUGUGGUUCAUAGAGUGGAAAUCAACAAGGCAAAUUUCAAGCCGUUUCUUCAUGUGUAAAGUUUACAAAACUACCUCAGUGGCAGAGGCACUUGACUGUAAGCCAUUUAGACACUUUUGAAAGUGGCAUCCCUGCUCUCAGGCUGAUUUCACCAUGUGCAUCCCGGCUGCCUGAAGUUGUCACUUUUGUGUUGGCAACAUGCUAUUGUUACAGCUGCAGACCCAGAAUGUACCAUUUAUAAAGUGGUAUUUACAUUUUUAAUGAGUCUGCCAAUAUUUUAUCAGUGGCUUUAAUGAGCAGACAAAUGACAGAUUGUUUUAGAUAGCUUUUAACCCUUUCUCUAGCAUUUUAAUAUCCUUUUAAAUGGAUACAAAAACCACAGUCCUUAAGAUCCAGUAAGUUCUGAAUGUGUGAAGUAGCCCUUUGAAAUAUUAGCUGCUUUGCAUUGAGCUGCAUUGGCCCCGACUUCCAAAUCUCCUACAGAGUUUCCCUAGAAUACUGUCUGGGCUUGGAAAACAUUACCCUGCUUGACAGUCUCCCUAGAAGCAGCCUUGGUUUGUGGCAUUAGGGUCCUGAAUAUAUUUGUAGAUGUUCACACCAAAUUCCCACAGACCAAACUGAAGUUUGGUUUACACUUAAGUUAUGUCAGCAUAGUUCAUUGGUCAGGGAUAUAAACAAACCAUUCCCAGACCAAUAUGUUUGGGGAGGUGGUCCAACACCAACAAAAAAUGCAUUGAUGUAAGAGCUGCCUCUAUGCUAGAGGCAAUACUGAUAAACUUAUGCCAACAUAGAUGAGGUGGACAUACUCUAAUGUGUCCAGAUGAACUUCUAAAUUGAAAGCUCUCAACCCUUUUUUGAGAAGUAAAUU